AAAUGUAAGGGUGGUAGCAGUGUCGACUAAAGAAGGAAAGCUGGCACACAAGACGAAGAUCCCCAGUCUCAGACCCUGAUCUAUUCAUCCUGGCCGUUUAUUUCCCUCCAUUUAAUCACCUCCACUGUCUCCCCCUGCACCUUCAAAUACUCCCUUCCUCGUCUCUCUCUCCACCCACCUCUUACGCCGUUUCCUCCACAUGGCUUCUCCUCUAACGCCGUUACUCCUUUUCCUUAUCUUUCUCCUUCUCUCCAACCCUGCAGUUUCGCUCCCAACUCCUGACUACCAGACCGACUGCCUCAACGUUCCCAACUCCGUUUUCUCCACGUCCAUCAAAACGGCCAUUGUGGAAGUACAGAAAGCGGUCUCCGUCAUCUCCAAAAUUUCCCACACUUUUCACAACUUCCGUCUCUUUAACGCCGUCAACGACUGCUCUGACCUCCUCGACCUCUCGUCCGACGAGCUAAUGUGGACGCAAGCGGCGAUAGAAUCCGUUAAAUCUAACGGCACCGGUGAUCGCGCGUCAGAUCUCAAGGCCUGGCUGAGCGCGGCGCUGGGAAAUCAGGACACGUGUCUCGACGGCUUUGACGGCACUGAUGGAAUCGUCAAAUCCAUUGUCUCCGGCACCCUCAAGGAGGCGACGGCGGUGGUGGCCAACGUCCUGAAGAUGGUGCGUCAGAUCCCCGGCAAGAAGCGCUCCGGAGGCUCCCCGGCGUGGAUUUACGGCGGAAUACGGCGGUUGUUACAGGCGCCGGCGAGUUCGGUAGCGGUGAACGUGACGGUGGCCCUGGACGGGAGCGGGAAUUUCAAGUCGGUUAAUGACGCCGUCUUAGCAGCGCCGGAUUAUAACGUGCGCCGGUAUGUGAUAUACGUGAAAAGAGGGGUUUACAGAGAGAAUGUGGAGAUUAAGAAGAAGAAGUGGAAUCUGAUGUUGAUUGGAGAUGGGAUGAACGCUACCAUCAUUUCGGGAAAUCGGAGUUUCGUUGAUGGUUGGACGACGUUUCGUUCUGCUACUUUCGCUGUCUCAGGCAGGGGAUUCAUAGCCCGUGACAUGUCCUUUGAGAACACAGCAGGGCCCGAGAAGCACCAGGCCGUUGCCUUCCGAUCCGACUCAGACCUUUCAGCCUACUACCGAUGUGGUUUCUACGGCUACCAAGACACCCUCUACGCCCACUCCCUCCGCCAAUUCUAUCGUGAAUGCCGGAUCACAGGCACUGUCGAUUUCAUCUUUGGAGACGGUGCAGUCGUCUUUCAGAACUGCCAGAUUCUAGCUCGCAAACCACUCCAUAAUCAGAAGAUCUCCAUAACAGCACAAGGCCGAAAAGACCCAGAUGAAUCCACGGGCUUCUCAAUCCAAUUCUGCAAUAUAUCUGCUGAUUCAGACCUUCUAGCAUCACCGAAUGCAUCUGACACGUACCUUGGUCGGCCGUGGAAGCCGUACUCGAGGACGGUUUUCAUGCAAUCGUAUUUAGAUAGUGUAAUUGAGGCAGAAGGGUGGUUGGAGUGGGAAGGAGAUUUCGCCCUUACCACUCUCUAUUACGGAGAGUACAGGAAUUACGGACCCGGGGCGGGUCUGAGUGGUCGAGUCAAGUGGCCUGGUUAUCAUAUGAUCAACGACUCAGCUGAGGCGAAUAAAUUUACGGUGGCCCAGUUCAUUGAUGGGAACCUUUGGUUGCCGGAAACUGGUGUUAAAUACACGUCCGGGUUGGGAGUAUAAGUUAGAGUGAUAUUCAGGCAAGAUUGUUGCUAGCUAGUAUAGAGAUUAGAUGUUUCUCUGUAUAUGAUAGGUGGUUUAAGGCAUGCACAGCACAGCAAUGCUUGUGUGUCGGAUACCCGAACCCGACUAAUGCCUAUCAAGGGUCUACGGAUCCAUCUCACAUUAAGUGCAACAAGAAUAAUUAUAAUGAAAGAUUAAAGGGAGCAACACUCCUGUUUUCA